AUGAGGCUUCGGGAAAGGGUAUUGGCCCAGAAAGCUGCGAAGGCCGAAGGGACGUCGACAGAGCCUGAGGACAUGGGGAUCCACGUUGAGGACAACGGAGAGGAGAAGAUAUACGCUCUCACGCCAGAGGCCAAGGAAUGGGCAAAGACGAAGAUCAAUGAAAUUAAAGAGUUAGUAGAGAUCCAAAAGGAAGAAAAGGACAAACCAACGAAGGAUGGAAACGAGGAAAACAAAGGCGAAGCCAAGUACACAGCGCAAAUCAAGGAUAAAGAAGAAAGAGACGAAAAUAUCCCCGAUGACGAAGGUUUUCUAAAACUUCUUGAGAAUCUGAAAGAAGAUCCAGGAAAUCUGAAUGGCGAAUUGUCUAUUGAUCCCGAGGAAUUCAGUGCCGUUGAUUCCACUAAACCUGAAAUUAAAGAAUCGGUCGAACACAAAGACAGUGAUAAAUCCCCGCGUCCUGAUGACACAGCGCUACGUGAGGAUAAGCCAAGCGAACCGGAAGACGGCAAAAGAGCUGAAACGUCAGGGAAAUGCCUCGAGAGCGAAGAAAUAACAAAUGUCGAAAUAUCCGCAAGUUAUGAGCAAAAGCCAUCGGAAAUGGAUGUAAAUCAGGAACACGACUCUGAAGUGAAACCAACAGGGUUAGAAACUUUGCAAGAUCGAUCCUUGCAAAUAAGCUCUUCAGACCUUGCAAUGGCGGAUGACGAGUGUUCCCAGUGUUCGUCCAGCUGUCGACACCAGGAUGAGGAUGACAGACUCUUGUACGCGAGUUGCCAUAACUUCCUCAGACUCCACGACACCAUGAGGGAAGAGCAAACAGAAGAUGAGUCUCGGCCCAUGACCACCGAAGAACUGCUAGGAGACAUCUGGCACGUCACUGAGGCUGUGGCCCAACGCAGCCCAUCUCCCUCUCCGUUAGACGAUGAUCAAGAAUCUGACUCGGAUGGCCAGGGGUAUGUCCGUCAACUCGUUUACGAUCAGAAUCAGCCACACGAGACGGAAUCUGACAUAGAAGAACUACUGGAAAACAUGGACUUCGAACCAGACUUCCAGACGUACCGAGAAGACCAGCUAGCAGAGAGAGCUCCCUCUCCCUUCGUCGUCAGAGAAAAUGGGAUCACAGCAAGGUACCCGCAGGCCCUUAGUAUGAACGAUAUCCUUGAUGAUGACGAUGACGAAGACGAUGACAACGAAGAUGAUGGCAACGCCGACGGCGACGACGACGACGACGACGACGACGACGACGGCGACACUCACGGAGCGACCGGUGCGGAAGGCCCUGUUCCCGCUGGCGCUCCGAUGUUCGGCGGAAACUGGAUAGACCAGACGAGGAGGAACAUCAUGAAUGAUGAGUGGGACGAAGUGGAAGAACAGAGUGAGGAGGAAAGCGAGCGAUCAGAAGAAGCAAGCUCAGAGGGUCUCCAGGAAUCGGUCUCCCCGCUAGAGGACUCUGACGAGAGCAGAGACGAAAGUUCGCUUGAAGCAGAAACAGUCAGUUCUGUAUCCACCAAUUCCUACAAAAUCGAACACAACAACGGUCUCCUCUUCUACGAACACCCAAUUCGACAGCAAGGAAGACUGGACAGGAAAUUUGAAGGAAACACCGAAGAAAACCAGAAACGUGAAGAGUCCUCUUCUUCCUCCUCUUGCUCAAGCCUCAGUGUGUCCUCUUUGAACGACCCUUCCAUUGUGGAGGAGAUUAUGAAAGUCCCUUGUUACAGCACUCAAAGAGGAGAGCCAUCGGAGAUCGCUGCGAUAUCACAGUUGCCCUCGGGAGGAAGUGCAUCACAAAUCGCCUCUGUAUCUGGAAUCAAGCUUUCUAAUCAUCACCCUCAAUCUAGAGAACCAACUUCCGAGCACGAACCACGGACUGCCCUCUCCACCAAGCCCGGAACUUCGAGCCAAGGGAGCACGCCAGCAUUUCGCCAAGACGUACUAGACGCCAGAACAACAGUGAGUAAUGAGUCAAUACUCCCCGUACAGAGACAAAAUCCUUCCGAAAGUCCCGAGGGAGCCGCAAGACAAGUCAGAUAUGAUCGAGAAACAUUAGCUGGAAAUGAGAGUCUGAUAUCCCCUUCGUCGUCGUCUUCUCGCCGACGCGAGACAAUUUUCAGCGCCAGGGCUGCUCUCAGAAGCUCGCACGAGGCCUUCGUCGCCGGCCAUAACAUGAGAUCUCUGCUAAUCGCCCGACAGGAUAACGACGACAGCGCGACUUCUGGUACACUCCAAAUGGCGACAAAUGGUGAAAGACAUCAGGUCAGAAGUCAACCAGCUCUGAUACAGGUGAUCGGAGAAGAUGAUUCAGAUUAAGCAAAGAAAUAUGAACACAGGGAAAUGAAUACUGUAAACAGAGGAGAAGGAAGCAAGCGAAAAAUAAAGGAGGUAAAAAGGCAAAAAAAAAAAAAAAAAAAAUUAUAAUAAGCUGAUAAAAUAUAAGAAAAAGAGUAGGGUAAAGGGUAAAGAAGAGAUGAACACCUAAAAUAUAUGAACAAAAGUCGUAGUCGAUUUAAAAUAUUCAUGAUAACGGUUGUAAUUCGAACAGUACAGAGAAGAGAAUGUUUUGGUUCUGAUGUACUUCCAGUAAUGAAUAAUACUCGUAAAGCUAUUAAAAGUUUUGUUCGCUGUAUUGUUGAUUUCUUCUAACAACUAAAAUUAUAAGUGUGGGGACGUGGAGGUGUGAUGGAGGGAAUGACAAUGAUGAUGCAAAUAUAGGACAAACAUGUACUAAAUCAAAUAAGGUAAGA